AUGCUCGGUUCCCUGCGCGAUGCGGCCAAGACAUGGGUCGCCAAACUGCUUUUGCUGCUGCUGAUCCUGUCGUUUGCCGUCUGGGGCAUUUCCGACCAGAUCCUGGGCGGCGGUGGCGGCAAUGUCGUCAUCGAGGCCGGCGAAACGUCGGUCACCGCGCAGCAGUACCGCCUCGCCUAUGACCGCCAGCUUGCGAUCCAGUCGCAACAGUUCGGCACCCGGCUGACGCGCGAACAGGCGCGCCUUCUGGGCAUCGACAAUGCGGUGCGGGCGCGCAUGGUCGGCUCGGCCGUGCUCGACGAGCAGGCACGCGUCAUGGGACUUGGCCUGUCCGAGGACCGGCUGGCCGGCCUGAUCGCCGAGGACCAGGCCUUCCAGGGGCUGGACGGACGCUUCGACCGCAGUCAGUUCCGCCUGAUUCUGCGCGAGGUCGGCAUGACCGAGGCCGACUAUAUCGUCGACCGCGAACAGGCCGCGAUCCGCCAGCAGAUCAUCGAGGCGGUCGCCGACGGCAUCACGAUGCCCGACACCUUCCUGGAGGCCGUUCAUCGCUAUCAGGGCCAGACCCGCGAUGUCAGCUUCGUGGAAAUCGACUCGUCGGCGCUGACGCCGCCGGGCACGCCCGAUCAGGCUGCGCUGGAAGCGUUCUUCGAGGAGAACAAGGACGAUUACCGCGCACCGGAAUACCGGACCAUCCAGUAUGUACUGCUGACGCCCGAGAGCAUCGCCGAUCCCGGCGCGAUCGAUACCGAGACCGUGCGCGCCGAAUAUGAAGACAAUCGCGCCCGCUACGCGCAACCCGAAACCCGCACGAUCCAGCAGCUCGUCUUUGCCGAUGAAGACAGCGCGCAGGCCGCGCGCGAGCGCAUCCUUGCCGGACAGAGCUUCGAGGACGCGGUUGCGGACACCGGCCGCACGAUGGCCGACGCGUCGCUCGGCACGCUCGAGCGUGCCGACGUUCCCGACGCGGCAGUGGCCGAAGCGGCGUUCGGCCUUGCCGAGGCAGGCGAUAUCUCGGACGUGGUCGACGGCGCUUUCGGUUCGGUGCUGGUGCGGGUGACGGAAAUUCAGCCCGAGCGGGUCCAGCCGUUCGACGAGGUGGCAGACGGCAUUCGCGAAGAACUGGCCGCGCUGGAAGCGCGUGACGUGCUGCUCGACAUUCAUGACGGAUAUGAGGAUGCCCGUGCCGGCGGGUCAUCCAUGGCCGAAGCCGCCGCAACGCAGCGAAUCGCCAUGGAAACGCUUCCCGCUAUCGAUGCGAACGGCAAUGGCGAGGAUGGCCAGCCGGUCGAGGGAAUUCCGGAAGCCGGCGCGCUGCUGCAGGCUUCGUUCGCCGCCGAGAUCGGCGAGGAAUCGCGGCCGCUGGACGCCGGCCGCGAAGGUUUCCUGUGGUAUGAGGUGACCGGCAUCGACCCCGAACGGGACCGCACGCUCGACGAGGUGCGCGACCGGGUGAUCGCCGACUGGCAGGCCGCGCAGAUCGAAGACGCGCUCGAUGCAGCCGCCGACGCGGUCGCGCAAGCCCUGCGCGAUGGCGGCGAUCCCUCAACGAUCGCCGCCGACAAUGGCUAUCGCGCCGAUGUCAAAUUCGGCCUGUCGCGCAGCGGCGAAGAUGCCGAUUUCGGCGCAGCGGCCCUUGCGGCGGUAUUCGGUGUCGGCCCGCGCGGCGUCGACAUCGCCGAGGGCGCGACCGGCGACCGGCGGCUGGUCUUCCGGGUCGACCAGAUCACCAACCCGCUCGGCGGCGCCGAGAGCAUCGAUCCGUCGCUGCGCGCAAAUCUCGGCGGCAAUCUGGCCGACGAUCUGCUCAACCAGAUGGUCAACCGGCUGCAAAGCGAGUUUCCGGUGACGCGAACCGACAUGGCCGACAUCAAACCGCUGAUCGCCAAGGCUGCCGACGGCCAUCCGCUGACAGGCGACGAGGCGCGUCAGGCCUUCGACAUCAUCAUGUCGGGCGAUGCGACGCCCGCGCAGAUCGGCGGGUUCCUGAUGGGUCUGAGGGUCCGCGGCGAGACGGUCGAUGAGAUCGUCGGCGCGGUUGCCACAAUGCGCGCCAAGAUGCGGCCGGUGAAGACCGACAAGCCGGUGAUCGACAUUGUCGGCACGGGCGGCGACAACUCCGGCUCCUACAACGUCUCGACGCUUGCCGCGAUCAUCGCCGCGGGCGCCGGCGCCCAUGUCGCCAAGCAUGGCAACCGGUCGCUGUCGUCGAAAUCGGGCGCCGCGGACGCGCUUUCCGAACUGGGCGUCGAUAUCGAGGCCGAACCCGAGACGAUCGCGCGCUGCAUCGACGGCGCGCGUCUUGGUUUCAUGUUCGCGCCGGUCCACCAUCCGGCGAUGCGCCAUGUCGGCCCCUACCGGGUCGAACUGGGCACGCGCACCAUCUUCAACCUGCUCGGCCCGCUGUCGAACCCGGCCAGCGCGUCGCGGCAGGUUGUCGGCGUGUUCGCCCCCCAUUGGGUCGAACCGCUCGCCCAUGUGCUCAAGGCGCUCGGAUCGGAACAUGUCUGGGUGGUCCAUGGCGAAGGGCUGGACGAGCUGACCACCGCCGGCGAGACAAUGGUCGCCGAACUCAGGGACGGCGCGGUGCAUACCUUCACGCUUGCACCCGGGGAUGCCGGUCUGCCGCGCGCCAGACCCGACGACCUGAAGGGCGGUGCACCGGCCGAAAACGCCGCGGCGUUGCGCGCGGUGCUCGAAGGCGCCCACAACGCCUAUCGCGACAUUGCCUGCCUCAAUGCGGGCGCCGGGCUGGUGGUGGCCGGUCUUGCCGGCGACAUAGCCGAGGGUGUGACGAAGGCCCAGGCCGCACUCGACGAUGGCAGCGCCAAGGCCGUCUUGGACAAGAUCGAAGCCUACAAGCGCGACGAGAUCGCGGCAGCCAAGGCCACCGUAUCGGUAUCGGCGCUCGAAGACCGGAUCGCCAAUGCCGAACCGCCGCGCGGCUUUGCCGGGGCGCUGCGCGCGAAGAGCGCCGCCGGAGAUUACGGGUUGAUCGCCGAGAUCAAGAAGGCCAGCCCGUCCAAGGGGUUGAUCCGCGCCGACUUCGACCCGCCGGCGCUUGCCCUUGCCUAUGAGGCGGGCGGCGCGGCCUGUCUUUCCGUUCUGACCGAUACGCCGUCCUUUCAGGGCGCGCCGGACUUUCUGACCGUGGCGCGGGCCACGACCGCCCUGCCCGCGCUGCGCAAGGACUUCAUGUUCGAUACCUAUCAGGUGCUCGAAGCGCGCGCCUGGGGCGCCGACGCGAUCCUGAUCAUCAUGGCGAGCGUCGACGACGCGCUGGCGCGCGAUCUCGAGCAGGCCGCCUUCGAUCUGGGCAUGGAUGCGCUGGUCGAGGUGCACGAUGCCACGGAAAUGGAGCGCGCAUUGCGCCUCGAUUCAAAGCUGAUCGGCAUCAACAACCGCAAUCUGCGCACCUUCGAGGUGGAUCUUGCGACCAGCGAGCAUCUGGCGCCGAUGGUGCCCGAUGACAGGCUGCUGGUCGGCGAAAGCGGCAUCUUCGCGCCCGAGGAUUGCGCGCGGCUGGCGCGCGCCGGCAUCACCACGUUUCUGGUCGGCGAAAGCCUGAUGCGACAGACCGACGUGACGAUGGGCGAUACGCCCCUCACCCAUCUGGACGACAGCGGCGCCGCGCACAUGGUCGAUGUGUCGGCCAAGGCGGACAGCGUGCGCGAGGCAACCGCCGAAGGCCAUGUUGCGAUGGCAGCGGCGACGCUCGACGCGAUCCUUGCCGGCGACGCGGCCAAGGGCGACGUGAUCGGCACGGCACGGCUGGCCGGCAUCAUGGCCGCCAAGAAGACAUCCGAUCUGAUUCCGCUGUGCCACCCGCUGCCGAUCGCCAAGGUGACCGUCGAAAUCGAACCGGCCAGCGGUGGUCUUGAUGUGCGCGCCACCGUGCGCGUGACCGGCAAGACCGGGGUCGAGAUGGAAGCGCUGACCGCCGUCAGCGUCGCCUGCCUGACCAUCUAUGACAUGGCAAAAGCGCUCGAUAAGGCGAUGGAGAUCAAGGACAUUCGCCUUCUUUCAAAGACCGGCGGCAAGUCCGGCGAAUGGCGUCGUCCGGAUGCGGCGGCGGACAAGGGCUGCGCGCUCGAAACCGAAACGGUUCCGCUGCAUGACGCCAGGGGCCGCGUUCUCGCCGACGACAUCGCCGCCCUGCGCACCCAGCCGCCCUUCACCGCCUCGGCCAUGGACGGCUAUGCGGUGCGCGCCGCCGAUGUCGGCGGGACGCCCGCAACACUGGAAGUGAUCGGCGCGGUUGCCGCCGGCGAGGUCUUUUCCGGUCGCGUGGAGCCCGGCCAGACCGUCCGCAUCUUCACCGGAGCGCCGCUGCCCGACGGUGCCGAUGCGAUCCUGAUCCAGGAAGAUGCCGAGCCCGCCGGCGAACAGGCGAUCCGCGCGCUGGAACCUGUGGUGGCCGGCCGCUAUCUGCGCCCUGCCGGGCUCGAUUUUGCCGAAGGCGAUGUGCUGCUCGAAAAAGGCACGGUGCUCGAUGCCGGCCAUCUGAGCCUUGCCGCCGCCGGCAAUCAUGCCGGCCUGCCCGUUAUCCGUCGCCCGAUCGUCGGCGUUUUGGCGACUGGCGACGAACUGGUCGCUCCGGGCAACGAGACCGGGCCCGGCCAGAUCGUUGCAUCCAACGGGUACGGCGUCGCCGCGAUCGCCCGCGACGCAGGCGCCGAAGUGAUCGACCUUGGCAUUGCGCGCGACAGCGCCGCUUCGCUCGAAGCCAAGCUGGACGAGGCGAUGGCUGCCAAAUGCGACGUUCUGAUCACGCUGGGCGGGGCUUCGGUCGGCGAUCAUGAUCUCGUCCGCCCGGUCUUCUCCGAGCGGGGCAUGACGCUUGAUUUCUACAAGAUCGCGAUGCGCCCGGGAAAGCCGAUGAUGUUCGGCCGGCUCGGCGCGAUGCGCGUGCUGGGCCUGCCCGGCAAUCCCGUUUCCAGCCUCGUCUGCACGCAUCUGUUCGUCGUGCCGCUGCUUGAAACGCUUGGCGGCCGCCCGCAAAGCCAGCGGCGGACCACGGCCAGGCUCGGCGCCCCGAUCGGCCAGACCGGCCCACGCGAACACUAUAUGAUUCCUCGAUCAUCCGGCUCUAUGCGGCGGCGGACGCGCUGA